AUGGUACGCAAUCCGAAUCAGGGCAUCCGUGAAUUCAUCCUGGAUUUGCUCACCCAAGCUGCAAAGUGUGAUUUUGGAGAUUUACUGGACAUGCAAUUGAAAGAUCGGCUGACCGCUGGCAUCAACAAUACCGUUUUGCAAAAUGAACUUCUGAAGCUAUCCAAUCCAACGUUCAAAGAUUUGCGGGCUUAUUGUGAACAAUAUCAGAACAUUCGCGCCGCUACUUCAUCCAUGCCGUCCACCAUUGAAUCUACAGCUAUGUUCAAUUCACUCAAGACUAAAUCCACGAAAGCUCAUGCUACAGCCGGACGUUUCAAACCAGCCACACAAUCUAACUCACACAAUGUGACAUAUUCGGAUAAAUCCUAUGGCAAUUGUGCAUCCUGUGGCAAACGUCAUUCCAGAUUCACAUGUCGAUUUCGUUACGCUUCAUGUCAUAAGUGUGGCAAAACUGGCCAUAUUCAGUCUGUUUGUCGCAGUACCAAAACCUGUCGUUUAAUUCAAGCCCGAAACUCAGAAGUGAGUAAUAUGGCCAAACAUUUUUCUUCUUUAUCUUUGGCAAUAACCUCCCAUUCCGGUCACAUCCGUAAACGACUAUUCAGUUCCACUGGUAAUUCGCUUCAUUUCAUUUUGGACACUGGUAGUGUGGAAUCUCUAAUUUCUGUUCACGAUUUAAAACUGUUUGCUCCAGAUGCUAAACUUCAGCCAUCCACUAUCACCAUUAAUGGCAUCACUGGACACUCACUGCCUGUUGUUGGUUCU